CUUCUGUGCACAACCAUCCAUCUACCAUGACACUGCCGGACUGUGGCAAGGUAUAAAGAGUAGAGUGCCGCCAGUUUCUUGUCCCCUUGCCUGUGCUCGAUUGUCUCGUGGCUGUACAGUACAUUCUACCUGGGCUCACAUCGCCUCUUCACUCCUCCUCAGCAUCUCGACAGCUGCAGUUCCCUCCACCAUUUCUGCUCUCGAGUUCUUAUACACAGCUCCCGAGAAAAUGGCCUCCUCGUCCUCAACUACGGUCGAGCUGCAGGCCAUGAGCUCCCUCCGUUCUCCAUCCCCGCCAAAGGACAACAUCACAACCCCUGCCGCCGCUGGCCGCACCCUGCGAAACGGCGGCAGGAGCAGCAGCGGAACGAGCAGCGCAAAGUCCCGGUCCAGCCACGAUGGCGUCCACCCCCCCGCGUCUGGCAACGCCGGAGUGUGGCAGCAGGACAUGACGGCUCUUCCUGGGCCGACGACCGCCGCAGAGCCUCUCCAGAAGUGGAACUCGCCCAGGUCCAACAUCGCCCGUGUGGGCUCGUGCUUCUGGUCCUUUGUGGUCAUGGGCUCGAAUGAUGCCGCCUACGGACCUCUUAUUCCAUAUAUCCAAGAGUACUAUGGCCUCGACUACACCAUCGUCUCGCUCAUCUUCCUCUCCCCCUUUGUCGGCUACACCGCCGCCGCACUCACCAACAACAUGAUUCACCUCAAGUUCGGCCAGCGCGGCGUCGCCAUCCUCACCGGCGUCGCCCACAUCACCGCCUACAUCAUCAUCGCCACGCACCCGCCCUACCCGGUCCUCGUGCUCGCCUUUGUCCUCGCCGGCCUGGGCAACGGGCUGGCCGAUGCCGCCUGGAACGCCUGGAUCGGCAACAUGGCCAAUGCCAACGAGGUGCUUGGCCUCCUGCAUGGUCUGUACGGGCUGGGCGCGGUCCUCGCGCCCCUUAUUGCGACGACGCUCAUCACCAAGGCGCGGGUUGGGUGGUGGUACUACUACUACAUCAUGAUCGGCCUGGCUGCCCUUGAGCUCUUCUCCGCAACUUUCACCUUCUGGUCCGCCACCGGGGAAGUGUACCGGGCGUCCCUCGCAACCCACGGCGAGAACGAGGCCGAGGCGCACGCAGCAGAACCUACCACUAUAGACCAGAGUGCGCCCACGCAGCAGCAGCAGAAGCAGAAGACCGGAGGCCUGCGGACUGCCCUGCUCUACCGGCCCGGAGCCCGCGUCACGUGGCUCUGCGCCAUCUUCCUGCUCGGCUACGUGGGCAUCGAGGUCGCGCUGGGGGGCUGGAUCGUCGAGUUCAUGAUCCAGGUGCGCCAGGGCGAGGCCUUUGCCAGCGGCAUGGCGGCCAUGGGGUUCUGGCUGGGGAUCACUGUCGGUAGGGUGGUUCUGGGCUUUGUCACGCCGAGAUUGGGAGAGAGGCUGGCGAUCACUAUCUACCUCCCCACCGCCAUCGGCCUGCAGAUUCUCUUCUGGCUCGUCCCGCAGUUCAUCGUGUCGACCGUGGCCGUCGGGCUCGUGGGCUUCUUCCUGGGCCCGCUGUUCCCGGCCGUCAUGGUCGUCAUGUCCAAGCUGCUGCCCAAGUCGCUGCACGUCAGCGCCAUCGGGUUCGCGGCGGCGUUUGGCGGCGGCGGCGCGGCGAUCCUGCCGUUCGGCGUGGGCGCGCUGGCGCAGGCCAGGGGUGUGCAGGUGCUGCAACCCGUGAUUGUCGCGCUGCUGGCGGCCAUCCUGGGCUUGUGGCUGAUGCUGCCGCGGAUCAACAAGAAGGUCGAGUAGAUGGGGUCAAAGUUUGGCCGGCCUGGAAGAAAAAGCCCGGAGACUGCGGGCCACUUUGGAGCAAGGUUCAUGGACAAGUCAGGGCGCCCCAUUGAUGGAGCUUCGGGCGUUUGUGCAAGAUACCUACACACAGGCACUUGAUAUUAACAACUCUGUGAGGUUCCGUGGAGGGGAGCGAUGGUGAUGGCCCUUUUGCACAAUAUGGACCAUCCAUAUCUCUGAGCUCCAAGAGACUUCUGGGUUUGAGCAUUUUCAUUGCGCAUAGAUACCAGAUUCGGCCCUUGCAAGCCACUUCCGUUGUCUCCGAAUACCUCGGUGGUAAUUAUUGUGACAC